CGUAAGUCGUGGCUCGUGCUUAAAAUCAAAAUGGAUAUUGUACAGUUAGGUGACGAAACAUUGCGAACAAAUCAGUUGACAGUCAAUAAUUUGGAAAUUGAAAUUCUCCCACUCAUCUACGAAAUUAUCCGAAGUAUAGAAAGGGACCCAUACGACGCUAAUCAAAAAGCAAAGGAAUCCCAGGACAUGAGCCAUAAGAUCGUAGACUUACAAAAGAAAUUAGAUUCCGCAAGAGUUCAGAUUAAGAAAUUGCCAGGAGUGGGAUACAGCAAAGAAGAACAGCUACAAAAUCUAGAAAAUCUACGGAAGCAACUGAGGCUGAAGAGAGAGCUUCUGUUAAAAUAUCGUAAUAUGUGUACUUUUGAAAUGUUCAAAGUAUAAUUUUUUGAAACGAAUCUUCAUAUUUUACUGAAAAAUUAUGGUUCUAAGAAUUAUUUUGCGCUAUUUAGCAAAUAAUGAAUAUAUUGUUGACAAGCUUGCUGAAUCAAAAUUGUUUAGGAG